AUGAACAUUUUCGUGGCAUUCUUUCUACUCCUUCUUCUACUGGCGGAUUCCACACCUCAAGCUUCAACUAGUGUGCCAUAUAUCGGUUAUUAUUACUGUUUGAACAUGAUCCUCAUCACAUUGUCCUCAUUCUUAUCGGUGAUUGUGAUCAAUCUGUAUUUUCGGGGAGAUCGCCGAAAUCGUGUUCCCUAUUGUAUUCGAACGGUUUGUCAAGCUCUGACAGGAAGUUGCCUGACAGAACCGGGCGAGAAACCGGUCGCCCCAAGCAACCACCAGACAGAUAUGCAGGUCAACAGCAACAACACACUUGGGGCUAUCAAUACCAAAGCAAAAAGUCCUCGGGAUCAGACGGCAGAUAGUAAGAGACCUAUGAACAAUGCUGUGAGCACAAACCCAAACACACCUCUGCUACAAGAAGACUCUGUUGUACGGAGAACACGUAAGGGCAAAACACGUUUUGCCACACCGACAGCCGAGGUCACGGGAACAGCGGUUGGGUCAGUCCCGACCACGNUAUCUGAAGCUCGGGCACUGCUGGACGAUCACGACGAGGAGAGUGAACAAGAAGUGGUCUCGACUAAAAGCACUAACAGUCGACCACAGAGUGGUUUGGAUAAAAAGGCGAAAUUACGAAGUCGUUCAUUGACUCCAGCCAAACAUGAAGGGGAUGAAGGCACGACCACCACGACCAUGAAGACAGUGGCUGGGACUAAUCAAUGUCAAAUGCACACGACCAAUUCUGUGGUCAGGCCAUUGACUGACGUGCAAUCGUUUCAGAUUGCAUGUGAUCUAUGCCACCGUAGUGUAGCUUCAGCUGAUUUCUAUCCGUGUGGUUUGACACACACGAAUCUGACCCUUCCUUCUAGACAUCAACGUCAUCCACAAAGCUGCCGUGCAUGUAUACAACACUUGAAUGCUCUACGGGCACAUGGAACGCUGGAAAUCGAUACCAGCAGUCAACGCCAUGAAGCUAGUUUAGAUCGUGGACGUGCUUCAUCGCUUCGUUUCAUUCGAAACCCAUCAAUGGUAGACUAUUCGGUUGUGCCACAGACUGCCUGUCUGAUAUGUAAUCAUCAUCCACCUCCCACGCAUCGAUCAGAAAGCACUCACUAUCCUCAACAUCAGUUGAUGGAGACAUUUGAUUCAGCUGAGCAAGGAAACUGGUGCCAACCCGAGGGUCCACAAUUCCGUUACGGAUAUCGUAAGGGUCGUUUGGCUCUGAUUGCCAACGAGUUGCACGAUCCGACCAACAAUCCGGAAAAUCGGGCCGAAUUUUGUGUGCCUGACACACGAUCCAGUGCACCGCCCGGUACAAAUGGGAUCACACGUGGACGAGCAAAGGAAAAACGGGAAUUGGUUCAAAUCACUAAGACCGUAGAAGAGGAGAUUCGCGCGAUACAUCAGUCUAUUCGGACAUUUUUAGAUCGGAUAGCGAAAAAAGACGCUGAGAAUGUGAUCGUACGCGAAUGGCGUAUGGUUGCUAUGGUGAUGGAUCGCAUCUUUUUUGUCUGUUACUUAAUCAUUCAUCUUUGUGCUGCAUUCGGCCUCCUAGUUCCCAGCUCGCACGAGGCCGAUGUGGUUGGAUUUCUUCGUGAGUAUCGUCUGAAAAAUUACAACGCAACCUAUAUGGAUGGAGAGGCAAUGGGUUUAGGUGAUCCCCGGCCCCAAAGUGGUCAUUCCGGUUCAGACAGUCCACGAAUGGAUAAACCCGGCUCGGCACCAGAUCGCCAGAUCACAAGUAGUGUAGACUCCUCGUCGGAAAAUCGAGUACCCGUAGAUCGCCCGCUAUCCAAACCGCAAUAUUCAGGCAAACUAGAAGAAUCUGAUCCCUCAGGUCUAUUAGCUCUAUCCCCAUUGUCACCCUAUCAACGCCUGGUAGAUGAACAUUCCCAAAGCCCAUCCGGGUUAAGUGUUCGAACCCCUUCAACUGUGUCUUCAUCCAGUCGAGGUCCUCCAGCGACCAGUUCAAAAUCUGUUGUCCUAGGUCUGGUUUAA